CAGGAGGCGCUGUCAAAAUUCUUGCGCGAGCGAUCUGUCAAAAGUUUUUUCCUCGACCUUCCAUCAUCUGUCGUGCGACUUCUUCAGUCUUCAGAGGAAAACUCGUUGUUCCUUGGUGCUUAUUUUCCAAUUAUUCCCGAGUAAGAAAAUGCAGGCUCUGCGUCCACUGACCAAUUUGGCUGCCCGCAACGGCGCCUUUUUCGCCCGCAGCUACCAUGGCCCGAGCAACUUCCGGGUGUUCACCAUGAACGACAUGCCCGUUCCGGAGGGUGACUUCUUCGAGCAACACCGCCGCAAGAACCGUACUUACAAUGCUGUGCUGGCCGCCGGAAUCAUCAUCUUCGGAAUCACCGCAACGAUUGCCAAGGAAUCCGGACUGAUCUACCUGAACUACAGCCCACCAAAGAGCCUCGAGUAAGCUGGAAGGUGGAUUUGUGAUAGAUUUGCUAGCAGCAAGCGAGUGUAAUUCGAACAUGUUAUGUGUAAAAUAAACCUAUGAAUGGAA